GGCUGCGGGCUCUGCUCGGCUCGGCACGGCACAGGACGGCUCGACGCGGGAGCGGCCCAAGGCCAGGCCGGGGAGGUGCCUGCCGUCCGCAGCCGGCUCCCACCGCCACGCCGAGAUGGAGGCUGGUAAUUGCAAACAGGACAUGCUCCAGAAGAAGAGGAAUGCUGUUUUGGUGGAUGGGGUUGUCCUAAAUGGUCCGAUAAUGGAUGCAAAGGCAGGAGAGAAGUUUGUGGAAGAGGCCUGUAAGAUUAUAAUGGAAGAAGUCAUCCAGAAAGCUGAUGAUGUAACAGAAAAGGUUUGUGAGUGGCGAGACCCUGAAACACUGAAGCAGAUUCUUGACCUGGAAAUGCGGGACACUGGGGAAUCUCAUCAGAAACUCCUGCAACUCUGCCGGGAUGUCAUACAAUACAGCGUCAAAACCAGUCAUCCAAGAUUUUUCAAUCAGCUGUACGCUGGAAUAGAUUAUUACUCAUUGGUGGGUCGUUUCAUUACAGAAGCACUGAACCCAAGUGUAUAUACAUAUGAAGUAUCCCCUGUGUUUCUGUUGGUGGAAGAAGCAGUCAUCAAGAAAAUGAUUGAGUUCAUAGGCUGGGAAGAAGGUGAUGGCAUAUUUAAUCCAGGUGGCUCUGUUUCUAAUAUGUACGCUAUGAACUUAGCAAGAUACAGAUUUUGUCCCGAGAUAAAGGAAAAAGGGCUUUCAGCUUUGCCAAGACUAGUCCUGUUCACUUCAGAAGAGUGUCAUUACUCCAUGAAGAAGGCAGCCUCUUUCCUGGGUAUUGGUACGGAGAAUGUUUACUUCAUCAAAACAGAUGAAAGAGGUAAGAUGAUACCUGAGGAACUGGAGAAACAAGUCCAGCGGGCGAGGAAAGAGGGGUCAGCACCAUUUCUUGUCUGUGCUACAGCAGGCACAACAGUGCUGGGAGCAUUUGAUCCUCUGGAUAAAAUUGCCGAUAUAUGUGAAAAGCAUGGCCUCUGGCUCCAUGUUGAUGCUUCUUGGGGUGGCUCAGCUUUGAUAUCGAGGAAGCAUUGCAGACUUCUUCAUGGCAUCCACAGGGCUGAUUCUGUCGCCUGGAAUCCCCAUAAAAUGCUGUUGGCAGGAAUCCAGUGCUGUGCUCUUCUGGUGAAAGAUAACUCUGGCCUCCUGAAGAACUGUUACUCUGCCAAGGCUGCCUACCUGUUCCAGCAGGACAAGUUCUAUGAUGUCAGCUAUGACACCGGUGACAAGUCCAUUCAGUGCAGCAGGCGUCCGGAUGCCUUCAAGUUCUGGCUGAUGUGGAAAGCACUGGGAACCACAGGCCUCGAGGAGAGAGUGAACAGGGCGCUGGCUUUGGCUAGAUAUUUAGUGGAGGAAAUCAAGAAAAGAGAUGGGUUUCAGCUUCUUUUGGAGCCGGAGUAUGCAAAUGUUUGCUUUUGGUACAUUCCACCAAGCUUAAGAAAAAUGGAAGAUGGACCGGAAUUUUGGCAGAAGCUGCACCAGGUUGCUCCUAUAAUUAAAGAAAGGAUGAUGAAGAAGGGCAGCAUGAUGCUUGGGUACCAGCCUCACCGGGGCAAAGUCAACUUCUUCCGCCAGGUGGUGAUCAGCCCGCAAGUUAGUCGAGAGGACAUGGACUUCUUGCUGGAUGAAAUUGAACUGCUUGCUAAGGACUUGUAGCUGUAGCUCCACAGGACCAGGUGCUGCUCAUGUGUGACAUUUACUAAGAGAGAAUUGCAGCAGCACUCUGGUGCUAAUUUGUGAAAGCUAGUUAAAAGCUUGACAUAUAGCUUUGAAUGAUGUUAAAAGCUUUUCAGGUAGAACACCCCUUCACAGGAAGGCACUCGUUGAUGUAGGCCGAGAGUGGCCAGGGACAGGCCAGUGCUUGCAGCACCACUGCUGCCAUUCUGGGAAGUGUUUCCUCAAGCAGGGAGCACUUCCGAAAAUGGUGUCUAGGUCCCAGGGAGGGCAGCUAUUUAUGGGGUGCGUGUGCACAGUGUACCUCAAACUGGUCACUUCCAUAUGCAGGCAAUACUCCUCUGAGGUUACUGUUAGGAGUAGAUUUAGCUUGGCAAGCCUUAAAAUGCUAGUUAAUACUCUGUCUACUGUAAAUAUUUUAGUUUGGUGUGUGUUUAAGGGUAGAGGCCUGGUUGGUGAUUACACUGAUAAGACUGGAAAUAGUGAACUUAUAUGAAGAGUUCCUCAAGCUCCCUCACUCAGUGGGUUGCCUAGGUUUUCCACUGUGAGCACAGACAGACAGUAGGACAGGGGUCUGGUGGGGUUGUGCAGUCGCCAUCCUGGGAGGUUUGCAGGCUCUGCCCAAGCAAAGCCCCGAGCAACCAGUAUUGACCAUGCCUUGGGCAGGUUGAACUAGAUGACCUGCUAAGGUCCCUUCCAACCUAACUGAUUUUGUGAUUCUAUGAAAUGCAAUCAUUGGGCCCAGUCAGUGUUUGCUGAUAUUGCCCACCCAAAAUAUCACCACCACAGAGCUGAGAAUAUUGGAAUAGCACUUAGAACUUCUUACUUCUGUAAUAACAGGAGUUACGUAUCAUUUCUGAAAGGCUGUUCACCUUCCUCUGUUUUUAAAGUGUAAAGAUUUAUUUAGCAGCUUUUAGAUGCACUUUAAAAUUACAACAAAGAAAAAAAAUUCCCUGAAAGAAGUAUAUUUUUUACGCAUGGUGAAUAUAUAUUAAGAAUAUAGAAAAAUGACUUAUCUGUCAUGCAUUUUCCUAGAGAUUUGAGAUUACUUGUUCUUAUGUUAUCAAAAUAUAAUUUAAAUUUUGGCACUGAAACUAAGGUGGUGGUGAUCAGAGGAGGCCUGCCUGUGAUUAUAGGAUAUGAAUAAUCUGAACAUUUUUGAUCAAUCUUAAGUUGCAAAAUUAAGUUCUAAACUUUGUCCUUGCGUUAAGAAUUACAGUAUACUUUUGAUGUGUUUUUAUUCUAUAAAAUGACCUAUUUUAUAAAGAUAGAAAUGUAUGUAUUGGGGUGAAGUUCUUGCAGCAAACUAAUGGGAAUAACCAUGUCCUUCACCUUGUAAUCAACACUUAUUUAAUAACGUUUUGAUGUGUGUUCCUUAUUCUGUGUUUCAGGUGGCAUUGACCAAUAUGAACCUUUCUGCUAUAAUGUUUUCUGUCCUGCUGAAAGCUGUCAUUAAACACAAUGCUUUCUUGUUUUCAUUUCCCACAUUAUACUAGGAUCCAACAUUGCGAGACAUUCCUACUUCCAAUCUCCAGGAUGAUGGUAUGGAAAGUUUAACAAGGUCAUGAUAACCAAGGAGGUGAUACGAUCAAAGCAGUAGGUAGGAGUAAGAGUCACCCUGCAGCACUUGGCAAAUGCCUUUAACAGUGUCCUGUAAAUUAAUAUCCUUGUACUACUAUAGUGAGAUGGACUUUAAGCCAAACCCCACAUUGAUGCUAAUAUAAAAAUGAAUAUCACAAUGUGGCCCCUGGAUUCUGCCCAAAUUAUCAUUUAUUGCCUGGUGCUUCUGGCUAUACCAGCUAGCCUGGUCUUGGAAAGCCCCUGACUAAAUUCAGGGCCUAUAAGGCUUAUUUCGCCUCCCAGCCACUCUGGGUCGAGUGGAGAGGACACAAGUGAUGCUGGACAGAUGGGGUGACUUUGCUGUUGCUUCUGAGUUAGAUGGGUUUGUUACCCCUUCUCUUUCUCUAUUUUGACCUUUAAGGGCAAGACAGAAUACAGUGUCAGGAUGUUUUGAUUAUGAUCCAGAUUUUUGGUGAGUACUUGAUCUUUGAUUCAGGGGAAGCUAUGUCACCUUCUGUCAGCUAAGAAUUUGGUCCAUGGUAUUUUGUGACACUAUUACUAUCAAGAAAGAAUUACUGUCUUGUUUCUCAUUAUUUUAUUAGUAUAUUUCUCUGUUUCCAGAUACUGUGACACUUAUGGCACAUGUCAGACCGAAGUAACACAGUCCCUUUCUGCAGCAGUAGUGGCUAUAGUAUUUUUAAAUGAGAGCAAAAUUGAACUUUUCUUAUGUUGGCAGAAAAUAGGUCUUCAAUAAACAUGUGCGCUGAUUUCUUCAUAGGUAUAGGUUAAUCUGCCAGUGUGAUGUGAGUACCUUAUCUAAUCUCCAUAUAUUUUCUAUUAUUUCUGACCCUUUAUCAUGUCCCAGGUGCACAAUAUGAUGGUCUAAUUUCAGAAUUAAUGUCAUUUUCUCAUAGUUGCCUAUUUAGGACUGGUAUACACAAAAUGUCUUUUUUGUAGCUGGUGAUUUUAAUAAAAAGUGAAGUAAAUGACAUCCUUAUAAAUACAGGCUGUAUUUGUCAUUCAUCAGUCUAAAAUCACAGAGGUGUAUAUAAGGAAGGUACCCAUGAGUUCUCCACCUGGAGAAACAACAAACUGCCAGCACAGCUUUAAAAUGUGAAACCUAGUUUAACUUUACUUCAGGAUGUGGUUUAUCUGUGUGCUGUGCCCAUAUCACCUUUAAUAAAUGUCUUGGAUGAAAAUGUGUCACAGUUUAUCUUACACUUGCUUUCAAAUGCAGAAGUUAAAUUGUUUUUGCAGAAAUGGCAAUUUAAUUUAUUUUUUUACUUGUCUAGCUAGAUGGGAUUGGCCCAUGAGCUCCCUCUCCUAGUUACUGACAUCAUCUCUCAGGAAGCUACGCCAAGUGCUGAAAGUAGCGAGUGAUGCAUUAAGAUGCUUUUCAAGUAUCAUUUGACUGUUAAAGGACAAGAAAUAUCCUUAAGAAAAGGCUGGUAGAGCUGUAUUCCCAGAAUGCCAGUAAUGGAUUUGUCCAGAUGCUCAAAUGACGACCACAUUGCUCUCGCCAGAACUACGGUAACAGGAACAUCCUGGCUUCACUGUGUACUGUACAACGUGGGAGACCAACUUGGCCUAAAGAAGACAGAGGAUGAGAGAAAGAAAUGAAAGACUUGCUGCAGCAGAGGGAGGGAAUGUUUUCAGCUGUGAGUGGUCCCGUGUGGACGCACGUGAGGUGGGUAACCUGGGAAGAAGUGGUGGGGAUCUGUGCUCUACCUGCUUUCACA